AUGGAUGUGUCAAUUGAGACAAUCGAGCGAUUGGUGCACGAGUUGUACCACAACAGCAACCAAUUGUCUCAAUCGUCAGCCAAUCAGUACCUGACAUGUCUUCAGGUGUCCACUCAGGCCUGGGAUGUGGUGUCGGCGCUCCUCAACCCCAACAAACCACUUGAGGUGCAGUACUUCGGCGCCUCCACCCUCUACACCAAAGUGACCAAAUGUUACCAUGAAUUGGAUCCACAAAAGCAAUUGGAUCUGAAGAACGAGUUGAUCCAACUCUUGGUGUCUUACCUAUCACUGGAUGGCAUGAGAAUAGUUGAGACCCGGAUUGUGGUGUCUUUGGCGGCGUAUGUGAUCCACUCCGUGGCCAACAACUGGGAGAAUGCGAUCACCGAUUUGGUCAAUGUUUUACAGCCAAACAAAUUGUCUCACAUUCCCGUCAACCGAGUCCUCCAGACACUGAUGGACCUGUUGUCGGCCAUUCCCGAAGAGUUUCAAACCAUUUAUAUGACACAACACCAGAAAAUAGUGAUCAGAAGUGCUUUACUGAAGUUCAACGAACAGAUCUUCUCGAUUGUGUUGACUCUGUUGUCUGAACCACAACUGCCCGAAGAGAUCAAACUGUCGACCAUUAAGUGUUUCUCGAAUUGGUCCCAAAAUACCGGUCCUCUCAUUAUUGGUGACAAUCACUCAGACAUUGUUUUAUUAGUGUUGCGGUCUGUUUGCGACGAUAAUCUGAGUCAGACGGCAGUGGAGGCCAUAACUAACAUCUAUUCGCACCCAGAGAUGCAUAAGCAGCCAAACCUUGUCUUAAGACUAAUCGACCAAAUGGUUGGAUUAGAGCCGACACUCAAUAAAGCCAUACAAGAGUCCAAUCCAGAGAUGGCUAACAAUAUAUACACACUUUUCAUUCAAGUCACUGAAACCCAUUCAAGACUUGUAUUGAAUGCACUGAUCGACACACCCGAGAGUCGGGACAAUAUUCUUAAGGCCAUUGCAGUCAUACUUCAGUGCAGUUCAACACCUGGUUAUCACUCAAUUGAUGAGACCUGUAGUGAACAGGCAUUCAAUUUCUGGUACACUCUUCAAGACGACAUCAUAGCCUCAGAUGAAUCUCGGAUUGAAACUUAUUUAGCCAUUUUUAACCCAUUAUUUCACUCAUUAAUCGAUGCAUUUCUGGUUAAAGUCCAGUACCCGUCCGAUGAUGUCUAUGAGAACGAGUGGAACAGUUAUGAUAGGGAAAGCUUCCGGUGCUAUCGACAAGAUAUCGGCGACUCAUUCAUGUACUGCUAUAAUAUAUUAAGAGUUUCAAUGCUUUCGAGUCUUUUAUCACAUUUCCAAUUGGCUGCCAAUCAACUGACCGCAAGAGUGAGUACGGAUCAGCACAAGUCGUGGCAAUAUCUGGAAGCAGUUCUUCACGCGUUUAGCUCCAUAGCCGAGAACGUAGGCCACUCUGAAACGGCUUAUUUGCAGCAACUCUUCAGUUCUCUACCAAAUAUUCCCUUCAAUUAUGUCUCAUCGCCGCGACUGUUGGCCACAGCCAUGGAAACAUUGGCCGCUUAUGCCGAAUGGAUUUCCAACAACUCAUCCUAUUUACCAAAUGUCUUAUCACUUCUUAUGAUUGGUCUCAAAGCUCAUGAGUAUGUUGUCGUCUCGGCAACGAUGGCUCUCAAAGAUAUCACCCGUGAAUGUCAACUCAUUUUGAAACCUUUCGCUCAACAAAUACUUUCCAUUUGUGAUCAGUCUUUGGGUCCGGAAUCACAUCUUAAGCCUAAAGAUAAAUCAAGAAUAAUGUGUUCGAUUGGUCUGACUUUGUCUGUACUUCCCAUCGAAGAUAUAAUGAUUGCAAUCAACAAACUCUUGACACCAAUUAUCACUGAUAUUCAUAAUGUCUUAAACCAAUGCGAACGCGAAUCGUCUAAUAUAGACAACGAGACGGUGCGGACACACGUGUCGAGCCAACUGUCAAUGUUAGCGAUGCUCUUCUCAACACUUGAUGUGAACGUCAAGAGGAAUGACUCGGAAGACGAAUCGCAAAUGGUGUCCAACAGUAAAGCUUACAAUUCAAGUCCGCAACCCAUUUAUAUAAUUCUGGAACAGGUUUUGCCCAUUUUUAAUAGUAUUGGCACCAAAUGGCCAACAGAUGAGACAAUUACUGAAAGUCUCUGUGAAUGCAUCAAGAAGUCAGUGAUAACACUAUUGGAUGAAAUCAAACCACUCGUCGGAAAGAUUCUGGAAUUGUUGUUAUAUUUGUUCAAAACUUCUGGUCAGACAUCGGUUCUGGAGAUCUCUAAGCAAUUGAUUGUUCUCUUCGGAAAAGACUUGGAUUUGCAAAACGAUUUGAAUAAAUAUUUCGUUGAAAUAUGUAAUCAUACGAUGAGUUGUUGUCAAACAGAUCUCCGACAACAGACAUCGCUUCUGGAAGUGUUUUAUUCUGUUUUAGCAAAUGUAGUGAAAAGAGUUCCGCUAUUAUUCAGCAGUACAUCGCUAGACGUGUCCACACUAUUCCGGUGCGCAAUGUCUGCACUGCUGUUACCCGAGAAGCCAACCGUCCGCUACAGCUCUGCAUUCAUCAGCGAAUUCGUGAUCCUUAGCCGUGAAGUGGAGGCCAUGAAUAAAGUGGUGAACGAAGAGAUCGAGAAUCUCUUGGGACAGGUGUUUGUGGUGAUUGGAGGCACGUAUGACUCGCCCCGUUGUGUCGUCGAACACAUGGCUGACAUCCUGAUGGCUCUCAACUGGAAGUACUUCGACAAUCUCUCGCGUUCUAUCAAUAGUUUGGUCCAAAAGGAAGGCUUUCCCACAAAUCAUGUCAAUUACGAGAAGAAAAGCCAUUUCGUGAGACUUAUUCUCACACAACGUAAGAACAAACGCAAACUCAAGGAAGUGAUCAAUGAGUUCAGUCUCACCUGCAGAGGACUUAUUGGCAAUGAAUACAGCAAUCAAAUGAUUAAACUUCCCUUUUAG